UACAUACAUACCUAGAGAGAGAGAGAGAGAGAGAGAGAGAAAGAGAAAGCUAUGAAACAAUGGAGUCCAUCAUUAUUCUUGAUCUUGAUAUUUUCGGACAUUUUUAUCUGCAGAAAUCUCGCCGAGAGUGUCACUACCGAUGAAGCGAAGCAGCUCAGAGAUGAGGUGCGUGAAAUGUUCUAUCAUGCUUUCAAUGGAUACAUGGAACAUGCUUUUCCACUCGAUGAAUUAAAACCUCUAUCAUGUGAAGGGGAAGAUACACUUGGUGGCUAUGCCUUAACCCUGAUUGACUCCUUAGACAUGUUGGCUUUGCUUGGGGACCGAGAACGCUUCACCGAGUCUGUCGAAUGGAUUGGUAAAAACCUUCAGUUUGAUAUUAACAAGACAGUAUCAGUGUUUGAGACUACGAUCCGGAUCCUUGGAGGUUUACUUUCUGCCCAUCUUAUUGCAAGUGAUCAUGCAACGGGCAUGAAGUUUCCAUCCUAUGAUGAUGAAUUACUCCGAUUAGCUGAGGAUUUGGCCCAUAGAUUACUACCUGCUUUUGAUACUCCUACUGGAAUUCCAUUUGGAUCUGUCAAUCUAUUGCAUGGAGUUGAUGAAAAUGAAAGCAAGAUUACGUCAACAGCUGGUGGUGGGACCUUGACAUUAGAAUUUGGGGUGCUCAGCCGCUUAACAAAUGAUUCGGUUUAUGAGCAAGUUACAAAGAAUGCGGUGCGUGGAUUAUGGGCACGCCGUUCAAAGAUUAAUCUAGUUGGUGCUCAUAUUGAUGUUUUUACAGGUGAAUGGACGCAAAAGGAUGCUGGGAUAGGUACCAGUAUCGACUCUUUCUACGAAUAUCUCCUGAAGGCUUACUUAUUAUUUGGAGAUGAAGAGUAUCUGUUCAUUUUUCAAGAAGCUUAUGAGGCAGCUAUGCGCUAUCUUUAUACUGAUCCUUGGUAUGUGGAGGUAAAUAUGAACUCUGCUGCCCUUGUCUGGCCAUUAUUUAACAGUUUGCAGGCAUUCUGGCCCGGCCUUCAGGUUUUAGCUGGGGACAUCGAUCCUGCAAUUCGAACACAUGCUGCUUUCUUUAGUGUUUGGAAAAAAUAUGGUUUCACUCCAGAGGGUUUUAAUCUUGCCACAUUCAGUGUUCAGCAUGGUCAAAAGAGCUACCCCUUGCGUCCAGAACUAAUAGAGAGCACAUAUUGGCUCUACAAAGCUACCAGGGAUCCCAGAUAUCUGGAUGCUGGAAGGGAAAUGGUUGCCAGCUUGCAAUAUGGAGCGCGAUGCGCAUGUGGAUAUUGUCAUAUUUCAGAUGUAGAGUUUCACAAACAGGAAGAUCAUAUGGAGAGCUUUUUCCUAGCGGAGACAGUCAAAUAUUUGUGGCUUCUUUUUGAUUUGGCUGCUGGUUCAGAUAACCUUCUUGAGAAUGGGCCAUACAAGUACAUCUUCAGUACUGAAGGGCACUUAUUGCCUGCAACACCACAAAUAUCUUUAGUACGUGAACAUUGUACUUAUUUUGGAGCAUACUGUAGAGGCAGCCACUUAAGACAAGAAUCCUAUGCCUCCGACAUCUCAAUGAAUUCUCAGGAAAAUAAUGGUAGUAGAUUGUGUAGUUCAGUUUUCACCAGUUUUGCAUCAGACUCAACUUCUCAGAAGUCCACUUUUGCCUCAGGUUUGAUUAAGGGAGUCUGCCCUGGAUUAAGUCAUGGACAAAAGUUUGGCAUAUCAUAUGUGGCUUCACCAACUUUUAAGGACGAAUCUUCAAAUGAAAGAGAGAUUUCAGUUCAAAAUCAUCCCGUGGUGGCUGUUGCUAGCCCCCCACCCGAGUAUUCACCUGCAGAUGUCCAAAAUGAUCAUGACAAUGCUGAGGAAUCAAGUAAGGAAGGUCUGGAGACUCACCCACCUCUAAAUUGAAGCAUGCUUGGACUGUUGAUCAGACUAUUGAAAGAAGAUAAAUGGCUGGCAUUAAACGAAGUCAGUCCAUAUCAAAUGAUGAUGGCAGGGUCUGUAGUGUUGAGAAGGUUUUGGGCUUUAACAAUAAGCCCUGAACCAAUCAGGUUCUCAAGCUCGAGCCAUUUGGGAUUUGUGAUCAGAGGUUCAAGCAAUCCAUCACCUUUGAGCACUGAACUCCAUGACAGAUAAAGACACAGAAUAAAUAGGUCUGCCCAAUAAUUUGAUUCUUUGUCAUGCUACCUCCAAGGUGGAGGUACGCAUUUUAGCGUUUAUUUUCCUUUAGGACUGUGAUUUAAAUUAAGUAUAGUGGGGGCUCUAUAGAUGUACAUUAGGGAGUGCUCCUCGGCUGAAACAUUGGUUGGUUUUUUAUCAAAAUACUUCAUUGGACCACAGCUCAAUAGUUACUAGAAUGAAUAGAGUUGUAACUAUCCACCCUGUUCCUUCUCUUCGAACACUCGGGGAUGGGCAGUUGUGUAGAAUUUCAUCUGGGAAGGAAUUUAAAAUCUUUCCAUGUGUCCAAUUUACUGCUGUGAUCUAGAAAUGUAUACUUUCCAGUGAACAUAAAUAUGAAACAAUGUAUAAUCACAGUUUGUGUAGGCUUUGAUAUAGGUUUCUCUUAAUGAUUAUUUUAUUUCAUUGAUAUAGGUUUCUCUUUGUGUAGACAUUGCCAUUAUAUUUUAGCCCGUUUAUUUGAGAUAA